CACAUUCAGGCUCAAAGUCAACAUUGCAAUAAGACCAAACAGUGACUUGUGGUGUGAUAUCACAGCGAUCGGCCUCAGCUCUGGCAGUGCCUGACAGCCACGGACAGCUGCUCCCGCCAGACAACCAACCCGUGAAGAGCGCCCGUCGCAAUUUGAGCCUUCCUGUGAACGCUGGCAGUCCGGCUCUCCGGUCUGGAGUAAGAAGGGAAACCCACGAAACCCAACCGGCACAAGGCACCAGAACAAAAUGGCUGCCAUGACCAUAGAUCCGGCGGAGCAGCCGCGGAUGUACCAGCAGACCCUGCUUCAGGAUGGACUGUGUGACCUUUUGGAGAAUGAUAAGUUUGUGGACUGCGUCCUCAAAAUCCAGGACAAGGAGUUUCCCUGCCAUCGCCUGGUGCUGGCAGCCAGCAGCCCUUUCUUCAAGGCCAUGUUCCUGUCCGACCUGGAGGAGAGCAAAAAGAGGGAGAUCGUCCUCAAAGACGUGGAGCCUGGCGUCAUGGGGAUGAUCCUGCGCUACUUGUACACGUCCGACAUUAAUCUGACAGAGCAGAACGUCCAGGACAUAUUCAUGGUUGCGAACAUGUACCAGAUCCCGUCGAUCUUCUCUGUGUGUGUGUCCUAUCUCCAGGAGAAGCUGGUGCUGGGCAACUGCCUGGCAAUCUUCAGGCUCGGGCUGCUCCUCGAUUGCCCCCGGCUCGUUCUGACGGCCAAGGAGUUCAUCUGUGAGCGCUACCAGGUGGUCGUCAGAGACCAGGACUUUCUCCAGCUGGGCGCCAGCGAACUCGCCAUGAUCAUCACCUCAGACUCUCUGAACGUCGAAAGGGAGGAGCUGGUGUUUGAAUCCCUGAUGGAGUGGGUGAAGCAUGACGAGACCAACCGGGUCAAGGACCUUCCAGAGCUGCUGCACUGCGUCCGUUUCAGACUCAUACCUUUGGAGUACUUCAAAGACAAAGUGGAGCGCCAUCAGUUCAUCCGGUUCAGCCAGGAGCUGAAGAAGGAUCUGGAUCUGGUCAAAGAUGCUCACAGAGGCCGGCUGCCCAAACCAAAGAAACUGGAGAGCGACAGGGCGACGGGGGGAGAGGGGGGUGAGGAUGAGGAGGAGGAGGAGGAGGGAUACCUACCAGGUAUCCUCAACAACAACCCUCGCUUUGGGAUGUUUGAGACGGACCUGAUACUAAUGAUCAGCAACACAGGGACUGUGGCCUAUGAGCCGGUAGGGAACGAGUGCUUCGUGGUGUCAGAAUCCACAGAAAUCCCGAAAAACCACUGCAGCCUGGUGACGUCGCAGAACCAGGUGUUUGUCGUUGGAGGACUUCUGUACAACGAAGACAACAAAGACGAGCCGUUCAGUUCUUACUUCCUACAGUUUGACCCAGUAAGCUCAGAGUGGUUAGGGAUGCCCUCACAGCCCAACCCUCGCUGUCUGUUCGGCCUGACAGAAGCUGAAAACUCCAUAUUUGUUGUUGGAGGAAAGGAACUGAAGGAAGGAGAGCAUGUGCUGGACUCCGUCAUGAUCUAUGACAGACAGUCAUUCAAAUGGGGAGAGUCUGACCCUCUGCCCUACGUAGUGUACAGCCAUGGAACCGUGUCACACAAAGGCCUCGUCUACGUGAUUGGAGGAAAGUCUGAAAGCAAGAAAUGCAUGAGACGAGUGUGCGUCUACGACCCCACUAAGUUUGAGUGGAAGGACCUGGCUCCUCUGAGCACAGCCCGCUCUCUGUUUGGCGUCGCCGUCCACAAUGACCAAAUCUAUGUGGUGACGGGAGUGACGGACUCGGGCCUCACCAGCUCCGCGGAGGUGUACGACAUCGCCACCAACAAAUGGUCUGAGUUCACAGAGUUUCCUCAGGAUCGCAGUUCUCUCAACCUGAUCUCAAUGGGGGGCUUUCUGUACGCGGUGGGGGGUUUUGCCAUGAUGCCCAGUGAAACCAGUGAGGAACCCGUGCCAACAGAGAUGACCGACAUCUGGAGAUAUGAUGAGGUGGAGAAGAGCUGGAACGGGAUUCUGCGUGAGAUCAGCUAUGCGGAGGGAGCCACCGUCCUUCCAGUGCGUCUCAACACUCUGCGUUUCACCAAGUUGUAGCUGAAGUUCCUUUAUCAAGAGAUAAAUAUUGUUGCAUUGUAAUUAAAGGAAGUGAUUGUGAACUUAUGGCAUGAUGUUUCAGUAAGAAAGCUGUAUUUAGCUUCUGUUAAGUAGAAAAGAAGUUUCAAUUCAUAUUUCACAGCAGGGGGAGACAAAAGCAUGUUCAAAGCAAAAGUUAGAGAAAUCAAGAUAUCUAAGUUAAAGAAAUAAAAACUCCACUUUGUACUUCUAUUUUUGUUAUAUUAUUUCACGCAGCUAUUACCUGUAAUGUUGUAUUUGAAACAGAACAAAUAAAG